CGAGAACGUCAAAGUCCCGCCCACACUUCCGGUAAACAGAUCCCUGACGUCUAGCUGUGACAGCUUAAGCUAGUGUUAGCUAACCAGCUGUACUGAAGAUCUUCUCUACGCAUUUGAUAUAUUCAGAUACUCUAAAAAUAAACAAACACUUGACGUUUCGACGUACAAAAUUUGCUGGUUUUAAUUAGCCGAGUGUUGGUUUGCUCAUGCUGUUCAGCUGGUAAUACAGCUAGUUUUAUAGUAACGCUAGCCCGGCGAGUACUCUUAUUACAGCUGAAAACGUAAAUAAUAAAUCCAAGCAAUGUCCGGACCAAACGGAGACCCAAACAUCUCUAUCGAUGAGGGUAUCAUCAACGACGAUGAUGACUUUGGCGACGAAGAAGGUAAUGGAGUCAAGAUUUCAUUUAUGUUAUCGAUGUUAUUUACAUCAUUAAAAAGUGAAGAGGUUAUUUCUGGGGGGAAAAAUUAUUGAAUUUUUAUUCUUAAAAUAAAACAGCAAAUUCUGAACCCUUUGACUGGAAGCGAUUUUGUAAAAUAGACGCCUUCUCGAGUAAGUGUCAGGUCAGGUGCAUGGUCACAUGAUGUCUCAAUGGGAUAUUAAAGCGAAGCAAAUGAAUUCAAAAGUUUGACUAAGUCUGUUUAAGUUAUAUCCACAGGUCAUAUAAUGUCAUUUAGCAGAACCAAGAGUUGUUUUUGCAUGUUGAGUCAAGUUGAGUCUGAUCGACAGGACCAAGUACUCGAGGCCACGUAAACCUUGAAGGCUAGCUGGUCAUCAAUCACGACACCCAGAUUUAAACUUAGUGUGCGUUGGUUUAUUUGAUCCAUAAUGGAUAUUGAUCUGUGGUUUUACAGUGGGACUGACAGGUUGAGCAGAGGGUGAUGUUCCCUCAUCUAUUUUGAAAUAUCAGCAAGGCAGGAUGAGAUUUCAAGCUGAGACAGUUGUGUUGUCAGGAAAAGCCAUGAGGGCAGAUGAUUGCACCAAGUAAUGUGUUGUAUAUUGAGAAAAGGAGGGGACCAAGCACUGAUCCUUGAGGCACCCCUGUUAAUAAGCAGUGCAUAUAGGACACUAUUCCCCCCCGUGAUACUCUUAAAGAUCUCCCUGUAAGGUAGGGCUUGAACCAUUGGAGGAGAGGCCCUGAGAUACCAAGAGAAGAGAGGGGGAUUUGUUGGUUUUCUGUGUCAAAGUUAGCAGACAGAUCCCUCCACCAACACUGCUUUGAGUUAAAAGAAAUGACUCAGUACUUAAAGUAAAAGUCAAAUAAACUUCAUUUUGCUUUUACUUGAGUAGAUUAAUGAAUUUUUGGUUUAAUAAAAUGCAAUACAACUUUUACUUGUGUAACCAUAGUUUUACUUACUUACCACUCUAUUCACCUAAUCUUUUUCACUUAAUCUAGUUCUGUCUCUGACUGUAAUUGGCAGUUAGUGUUUUAAAAUGCAAAACCAGUCCAGAAUAUUUAUUUGAUUUCUUAGAUUUAUCAUCUUUUUUGAAAUUUAGUUAUUUAAUUAGCUGUAUUGUUACUAGAAUUAAGGUGUCCGGCGUCUGAUUCAAGUUAGGACAUGCUCUGCUUUUGUCUGCCUGUUCUCGCUAGUUAUCCUUGAACUAUUACAGUAAGUGUCCAAGACAAAAGGCAUAAUCUUAGAUACUUUUAUCUAUGAUAGAAGCUUUUCAUCCUGCCUGAGAGAAAGACUGAUCUAUGCUGCUUAUCUCCAGAGUAUGAAGCGAUCAACUCCAUGCUGGAUCAGAUCAACUCCUAUCUUGAUGACCUAGAAGAGCGCAAUGAUUCACUCAAUGACAAACUGCAUGAACUGAUGGAGUCGAACCGACAAGCCCGGCUGGAUUUCAGGGCACAGCUCAUGGGCUGUCCGAACAAGGAAAGUCCUGCAGACGGGGACAAGUCCUCGCCUGAUAAAGGAGACGAGAAGGAGGACGAGGGGGACAGCAAAUGAGAGAAGCUGGACUAGGAAUAUUUAUGAAAGAUAACCUCAGACCUCCUGUGAUCCUUGGAUCUGCUUAGUUCAUACCUGUGUGAUUCAUCUGUGAACUGAAUGAAUUUAGGAAUCCCUCAGCAGACGUGUACUGAACUUAUUCCACCUGUCCUCUUUGUUAAACCGAGGUGUGCUGAUGUUUGGUUUUUGAAACAUAUCCACCUGGCCUCAAAACUUGAUUUGAUGACAUCUAGAGACAUUGGUGUAAAGUCAAACUUCGGCAUCAUAAAAACAAAUUCUGAGGUCAGAAUUACGCUUGAUAAAAAGAUAAAACUCCAAAGAGUGUAAUUGAAGCAACUCAAAACUACAAGAUCAUGCUUGCGCAUUUUGAGAUUUCCAGUAUUUGUCUUGAAAGUGAAACUUCAGUGUGCUGUGUUGAUUCAUUAGGUGUGCAUAUUCAGCUUCUUGAAAUAUUGUGUGUUUUUGUUCAUAUCAUCCCUGUAAGUCAACAUAUUACAUUCCAGUUGUCUACCAUUGUAUUAAAAUCUUGAACCAGCAGCAUGGCUGUAAAUCCUACUGUGCUUUACUAUUUUCUAUUUACUAUCUUCUGGAGUUACUAUAGAUAGGAUAAGUGAUGCGAUGUGAAAUACAUUUGUUUGUUUGUUUCUGUGAUUUGUUUGAAGAAAAAAAAGUCAACAAAGAAAGGGAAUUAUCAGACAUUUUAAUAUAAAUUAAAACGACCCCCAAACAGAAAAGAGACAUCCAAAAAUACAUUAAACUUCCAGCAGUUAGAAAACAAACUGUCUGUUCUUCUCAAUUUUGUCAGUAGCUGAAUAAAAAUACAAUAAGAAACAUA